CUGGAGGGAGGACGUGGGCGGGAGGAGCGAAGUGAUUGGCUGACGGCGAGCUCUGGCGCCAAUAUGGCGUUCGUAGCGGGAGUUAUCCGGCGCCUGGACGAGACGGUGGUGAACCGCAUAGCGGCGGGGGAAGUUAUCCAGCGGCCGGCCAAUGCUAUCAAAGAGAUGAUUGAAAACUGUUUAGAUGCAAAAUCUACAAAUAUUCAAGUGAUUGUUAAAGAAGGAGGCCUGAAGCUAAUUCAGAUCCAGGACAAUGGCACUGGAAUCAGGAAGGAAGAUCUGGAUAUUGUGUGUGAGAGGUUCACUACAAGUAAACUGCAGACCUUUGAGGAUUUAACCAGUAUUUCUACCUAUGGCUUCCGGGGUGAGGCUUUGGCGAGCAUAAGCCAUGUGGCUCAUGUUACUAUUACAACCAAAACAGCCGAUGGAAAAUGUGCAUACAGAGCAAGUUACUCAGAUGGAAAGCUGCAAGCCCCUCCUAAACCAUGUGCAGGCAACCAGGGUACCCAGAUAACGGUGGAAGACCUUUUUUACAACAUAAUGACAAGGAGGAAAGCUUUGAAAAAUCCAAGUGAAGAGUAUGGGAAAAUUUUGGAAGUUGUUGGCAGGUAUUCAAUACACAAUUCAGGCAUUAGUUUCUCAGUUAAAAAACAAGGUGAGACAGUGGCCGAUAUCAGAACACUACCCAAUGCCACAACCGUGGACAACAUUCGUUCCAUCUUCGGAAACGCUGUUAGUCGAGAGCUGAUAGAAGUUGGGUGUGAGGAUAAAACCCUGGCUUUCAAAAUGAAUGGCUAUAUAUCCAAUGCGAACUACUCUGUGAAGAAGUGCAUUUUCCUACUCUUCAUCAACCACCGGCUGGUAGAAUCAGCUGCCUUGAGAAAAGCCAUAGAAACUGUAUACGCUGCAUAUUUGCCCAAAAACACACACCCAUUCCUGUACCUCAGUUUGGAAAUCAGUCCCCAGAAUGUAGAUGUCAAUGUGCAUCCCACCAAGCAUGAAGUUCACUUUCUGCAUGAAGAGAGCAUCCUUGAGCGCGUGCAACAGCAUGUCGAAGGCAAGCUCUUGGGCUCCAACUCGUCCAGGAUGUAUUUCACCCAGACCUUGCUUCCAGGACUCGCUGGACCCUCUGGGGAGGUGGUUAAAUCCACGACAGGUGUGACUUCCUCAUCUACUAGUGGAAGUGGUGAUAAGGUCUAUGCUCACCAGAUGGUCCGUACAGACUCCCGGGACCAGAAGCUUGACGCCUUUCUACAGCCUCUGGGCAAGGUUCUGCCCAGCCAGCCCCAGGACCCUGUCCAAGGGGGUAGAACAGAGGGCCCUCCUGAAGAAGCCGUGCAGAAGGAUGAGGAGAUGGCUGAGCUCCCAGCCCCGACAGAAGCAGCUGCCGUCAGUCAGAACUUGGAGAGGGACGCAGUAAGAGGGGUUUCUGAAGUGGCACAAAAAGCAGCACCCUCUUCCAGUCCAGGCAACCCCAGAAAGAGACAUCGGGAAGAUUCUGAUGUGGAGAUGAUGGAAAAUGACUCCCGGAAGGAAAUGACAGCUGCCUGUUACCCCCGGAGGAGGAUCAUUAACCUUACCAGUGUCUUGAGUCUCCAGGAAGAAAUUAAUGAGCGAGGCCAUGAGACUCUCCGGGAGAUGCUCCAUAACCAUUCCUUUGUGGGCUGUGUGAAUCCUCAGUGGGCCUUGGCACAGCACCAGACCAAGCUAUACCUCCUCAACACUACCAAGCUUAGUGAAGAGCUGUUCUACCAGAUACUCAUUUAUGAUUUUGCCAAUUUUGGUGUUCUAAGGUUAUCGGAACCAGCACCACUCUUUGACCUCGCCAUGCUGGCCUUAGACAGUCCUGAAAGUGGCUGGACAGAGGAAGACGGCCCAAAGGAAGGGCUUGCAGAAUACAUUGUUGAGUUUCUGAAGAAGAAAGCUGAGAUGCUUGCAGACUAUUUCUCUUUGGAAAUUGAUGAGUGACCCCUGUCCAUACACCUAUCAUCAGCAAUACUUUGGCCCUGCUGCUUCUGGUCUGGCAGCAUAAGUCUGCUUGGAGCUAGGAAACCUGCCUCAUAGCUUGAUGCACAUGGUAUGUAAAAACCCUUUUUUUUCUGAGUUAACUGUUUGAGGGGGGAAAACUGGGGGUGCCACUAAGGCUGUGUAAGAAAGGAGGGUCUGACCUUUAUUAAUUUGCACAAGAAUCAAGGCCAUGUACUUAAUGUCUGCCUGGCCUAGGCAGUGUCUCCGUAUGGAUAUUUACCUAGCAGGUGGUCUGGAGAGCUUAUUCUGCCAUUUGUCCUUGGAUGCUUUUGUCCAGAGCUGGCCCUGCCUUUGGGUGCUUGCUAAAGGAGAUAAAUGCAGAAGGCAGACAUCUGAAUUCUAAUGCUAAAAAGAAGAAGCAGAAGCCAGGCAGUGGUGUUAUGUGUGAGCAACAAAUAAUCUACAGUAGCCCUAUUUUGUAAAACUGUGGUCCUCAGUUCAUACAUAUCUUUGUUGAUUUUCAUUAAUAUUUUUGCUGGGGCCGGGCGUUGGUGGCGCACGCCUUUAAUCCCAGCACUCGGGAGGCAGAG